AGCUAGUCUCAGAUUCAGAAUUCCACGAAGUGGACGAAAUUGCAAUGGCACCUUCUAUUCAUGUCCUCAUGCCCAACAAUGAUAUAUCCUUCACUAAGUUUUUCUCUUAUGGAGCCAUCGCGUUAUUCGCAUUCAUCGUUGUUGUGCCUGCAUUCAAGACCUUGUUUUCCCCACUACGCAGAGUUCCAGGCCCUUUCUUAGCACGCUUCACGCGCCUUUGGGAAGCAACUCUUUUGCGAAGUCAAGACUAUGCGCUCUCUAACAUCGCACUACAUAAGAAAUAUGGACCCAUCGUUCGCCUGGCACCAAACAGAUACAGUAUCAACGAUGCAGAAGCCAUCAAGAUCGUACUCGGACACCGAGAUGCAAUGGCAAAGUCCGAGUUUUACUACCCUUUUGGUAGUCCUGAACCGAACGAGGAUAAUUUGUUCUCCACGAGGAGCUUUGCUACGCACGCAACACUUCGCCGUCCCAUCACAUCAUUGUACUCGACGACUCAUCUGCUCUCUUAUGAGCCUGCUGUUGAUAACUGCAACAACUUGUUAUUACGAAGAUUAUCGGAGUAUGCAAGAGAAAAGAAGGACUUUGACGUGAGAGAGCUGAUGCAGUUUUAUGCGUUUGACGUCAUCGGCGAGCUCACAGUCGGCGCGAGAUUUGGUCUUAUGGAGGACAACGGCGACAAGAGCGGGAUUAUACCAAUUCUCGGUGAAGCCCUGGCAUAUUCGACCUAUGUUGGUCUUGUGCCUGGGGUGCACUGGUGGGUGGGUAAGAUAACUGGUCUAUUGGGAAUCAAGCCCGACUUUGUGAAAGUCCAGGAUUACGCAGAAUUACAUCUGACCAACCGCGCAUCGGGAAAAACAGAAUCCCCCAGCAAUGGGCGCGACUUUUUGGAUAUCUUGCUGCCCCUUGAAGAAGCAGGCAAAGUAACUAGGAAGAUCACGAUGACCGUAUGCUUGCAAAAUAUCGCGGCAGGAAGUGAUACUACUGCCAUCUCUCUUGCUGCUGUCAUCGGGUUUUUGGCCAUGAAUCCAUCCUGUCUACAUACUCUGCGGCAGGAACUCGACGGGGCGACGCAGAGAGGCGAGCUCUCUGAACCCGCGGCCUUCAAGGAAACGCAAAAACUACCCUACCUCCAGGCAGUCAUCUCCGAAGCGCUUCGCCUGCAUCCAGCGGUCGGCAUGCCUCUAACUCGCGUCGUCGGCCAAGGUGGCGCACAGCUUGCUGGCCAAUACUUCCCCGCGGGAACAGAGGUCGGCAUCAACCCUUGGGUCAUUCAUAGGAACACUUCUAUCUUCGGACCCGACGCCUCGCAGUUUCGCCCUCAGCGGUGGCUCACUAAAGAUCCGCAGGAGCGUGCCCACUUGGAGAAGAACUUUCUGUCCUUCGGCACUGGGUCGCGAACUUGCCUUGGUAAGAACAUUAGUAUGAUGGAGAUGUCGAAGGUUAUUCCUCAGAUUGUGCGGAAAUUUGACUUUGAACUUUUGGAGGAUAGCAAGACGGGUGAAGGGUAUACUUGGCAUACAGAGUGGUUUACUCCACAAAGUUUCAAAUGCUCGGUACAAGCGAGAUCUACUUAGCCUUAGCAGACUAUGAGAACAUCUUGGUCAUCGAACAGGCUGUGCCAGCAAUUGUAUGCGAAAAUUCAGUAGGCGCUUGACAAACUACACCACUGACUAUAGGUAUGUCUGGUCGUCCAAUCACACUUUACAACACCAGUCUGAAAUCAGGAUGCUCGUCACCCAACUCCGCCAAAGUCUGCUCAAUAGUAUCCGGUAGCUCCGCCCUCUUC